UCUCUCUGUCUCUCCUCCUCCGACAAAUCUCUCCCGCCACUGGCGCGUGGUACUCGCACGCGAACCUGCUCGAGGGGCUGUCGAAUCGCCGGUGCUUUUUGAUUCGCUAUUGUUAGCAGCCCGCGUCUGCCUUUUAAUUCGGGCGCGGUGAAAGCUGGGCCGGGGUCAUGUCUGAGGAAACCAACAGCGAGAAGCCGCAACAGCAGCUGGAUGCGACCGCCGACUUGAAAGGAGAGAAUGACUUGAGGCAGGACGCGAUGGACGUUAAUGCCGACAAGGAAGAGACGAUGGGUGACAAAGACGCGUCUAAGGAGGAUGCGACUGAGGAAGCCGGAAAUGACGAUGGGGACUCUCCUAAUAAGUCAAAGGAAGUCAAUGAAAUGGAUCCAGCUUAUGAAGAAAAAAGGAAAACUGACCGGUCCAAUAGAUUUGAUUACCUUUUGAAACAAACAGAACUUUUUGCCCAUUUUAUUCAACCGGCUGCACAAAAGACCCCUACAUCUCCAUUAAAAAUGAAGCCUGGGCGACCUCGUCUAAAAAAAGAUGAGAAACAAGAUUUAUUGUCAGCAGGAGAUUAUCGACAUCGCCGAACUGAGCAAGAAGAAGAUGAGGAGCUCUUGACUGAAAGUUCCAAGACAACCAAUGUUUGCACCAGAUUUGAAGAUUCUCCGUCCUACGUGAAAGGUGGUACACUAAGAGAUUAUCAAGUCAGAGGAUUGAACUGGUUAAUAUCACUUUAUGAGAAUGGUAUCAACGGAAUCCUAGCUGAUGAAAUGGGUCUUGGUAAGACUCUGCAGACAAUCAGUCUUCUAGGAUACAUGAAACAUUACAGAAGCAUCCCAGGGCCACACAUGGUGCUGGUACCAAAAUCCACCUUGCAUAACUGGAUGUCAGAAUUUAAAAGAUGGGUGCCGACUUUACGUGCUGUCUGUUUGAUUGGAGACAAAGAUCACAGAGCUGCAUUUGUACGUGAUGUUCUACUUCCAGGAGAGUGGGAUGUUUGUGUUACUUCAUAUGAAAUGCUUAUCAAAGAGAAGUCUGUAUUUAAGAAAUUUAAUUGGAGAUACCUAGUUAUUGAUGAAGCCCACAGGAUCAAAAAUGAGAAAUCCAAGCUCUCUGAAAUUGUAAGAGAAUUUAAGACCACGAAUCGUUUGCUGCUCACAGGGACUCCACUGCAGAAUAACUUGCAUGAAUUAUGGGCACUUCUGAAUUUUCUGCUGCCAGAUGUUUUUAACUCUUCUGAGGAUUUUGACUCUUGGUUUGAUACCAACAACUGCCUUGGAGAUCAAAAAUUGGUUGAGCGACUUCAUAUGGUAUUAAGGCCAUUUCUGCUACGUCGUAUAAAAGCUGAAGUUGAGAAAAGUCUUCCACCUAAAAAAGAAGUUAAAAUUUACGUAGGUCUUAGCAAAAUGCAAAGAGAAUGGUACACAAGGAUUUUAAUGAAAGACAUAGACAUUUUAAAUUCUUCAGGAAAGACAGACAAGAUGCGACUUCUGAAUAUCCUGAUGCAGUUGAGAAAAUGUUGCAAUCACCCUUAUCUCUUUGAUGGCGCAGAGCCUGGGCCGCCAUACACAACAGAUAUGCACUUAGUUACAAAUUCAGGGAAAAUGGUAGUUCUGAACAAACUACUCCCCAAGCUAAAGGAGCAAGGUUCACGUGUACUAAUUUUCAGCCAGAUGACAAGAGUCCUGGAUAUCUUGGAAGAUUACUGUAUGUGGAGAAAUUAUGAGUACUGCAGACUUGAUGGACAGACACCACACGAUGACAGACAGGAAUCUAUAAUUGCCUUUAAUGCACCUGCUAGUUCAAAGUUUAUUUUCAUGCUGAGCACUCGGGCUGGAGGGCUUGGAAUAAAUCUUGCCACAGCAGAUGUUGUCAUUAUAUAUGAUUCAGACUGGAACCCCCAAGUAGAUCUUCAAGCAAUGGACAGGGCACACAGAAUUGGUCAAACAAAAACUGUGAGGGUCUUCAGGUUUAUCACAGACAACACCGUCGAAGAACGUAUUGUGGAACGUGCAGAGACCAAAUUGCGCUUAGACUCAAUAGUAAUUCAGCAAGGACGGUUAGUGGACCAGAAUUUAAAUAAGUUGGGAAAGGAUGAAAUGCUUCAAAUGAUCAGACAUGGGGCCACUCAUGUGUUUGCAUCAAAGGACAGUGAAAUCACUGAUGAGGACAUAGAUGCAAUUUUAGAAAGAGGUGAAAGAAAGACUGCUGAAAUGAAAGAGAAACUCUCAAAUAUGGGUGAAAGUUCACUGAGAAACUUUACUAUGGAUACUGAUUCUAGUGUUUAUAAUUUUGAAGGAGAAGAUUACAGAGAAAAACAAAAGUUGGCAUUUACCGAGUGGAUUGAGCCUCCUAAAAGAGAACGUAAAGCUAAUUACGCGGUGGAUGCCUAUUUCAGGGAGGCACUUCGUGUCAGCGAGCCCAAAAUUCCAAAGGCUCCUAGACCUCCAAAACAGCCAAAUGUUCAGGAUUUCCAGUUUUUUCCUCCCCGUUUGUUUGAAUUGUUAGAGAAAGAGAUUCUCUACUACAGAAAAACAAUUGGAUACAAGGUGCCUCGUAAUCCCGAUUUGCCUAAUGCAGCUCAAGCACAAAAGGAGGAGCAGUUAAAAAUUGACGAAGCAGAGCCACUCAAUGAAGAAGAGCUUGAAGAAAAAGAGAAGCUGCUUACGCAGGGUUUCACCAACUGGAAUAAAAGAGACUUUAACCAGUUUAUAAAGGCUAAUGAAAAAUGGGGUCGUGAUGACAUUGAAAAUAUUGCUCGCGAAGUAGAAGGCAAGACUCCAGAAGAAGUUGUUGAAUAUUCGGCGGUCUUCUGGGAUAGGUGCAAUGAGCUUCAGGACAUUGAAAAAAUCAUGGCGCAAAUAGAAAGGGGUGAAGCUAGAAUACAGAGGCGGAUUAGUAUUAAGAAAGCACUAGACACAAAGAUUGGCCGGUAUAAGGCGCCUUUCCAUCAGCUGAGGAUAUCCUAUGGCACCAACAAAGGAAAAAACUACACAGAGGAAGAAGAUCGUUUUCUUAUUUGCAUGCUACACAAGCUUGGCUUUGAUAAAGAAAAUGUAUAUGAUGAACUUAGACAGUGCAUCCGAAACUCUCCUCAAUUCAGAUUUGACUGGUUUUUGAAAUCAAGGACUGCAAUGGAACUGCAAAGGAGAUGCAACACUCUAAUCACUUUAAUUGAAAGAGAGAAUCUUGAGCUUGAAGAAAAGGAAAAAGCAGAGAAAAAGAAAAGAGGACCAAAGGCUUCAUCGGCACAGAAACGAAAGAUGGAUGGGGCAUCAGAUGGCAGAGGAAGAAGAAAGAAGCUUAAGCUUUAAAAUACACAUUUUGAAUUUCCAA